AUACAGUGUCAAAGAUAUUCUUGGGCAUGGGACAUUUGGGCAGGUUGCUAAAUGCUGGGUCGCAGAAACAAACAGUUUUGUUGCUGUGAAGAUCAUUAAAAAUCAACCUGCGUACUAUCAACAGGCGCUGGUUGAAGUUUCUAUUCUGACGACGUUAAAUAAGAAGUUCGAUCCUGAGGAUAAGCAUCAUAUUGUUCGCAUUUAUGACUACUUUGUCUAUCAACGUCAUUUGUGCAUUGCUUUUGAACUGCUUGACACUAAUCUGUAUGAACUUAUAAAGUUGAAUCAUUUUAGGGGAUUGUCAUUGAGCAUUGUUCAGUUGUUUGCGAAACAG